CGGACUUGUUCAGAGCCGAAAUGGUGUGUACAAAUACCGCUCUGACUGUUGUUCCUCAUUAAUAGCUGUCUAAUAUAUCUUUUCAAAGAAAGUCACAAGAAAAAUGCUUGUAAAAACAAUUCAUUUUACCCUAAGGAAAGUGUUGCAACGGUGAGUACCUAAUUCCGCUGACAAAUUCCGUCACCAAUUUGGACUAGGUCCGACAUUGCCCAAUCGCCAUUGCCACUGCAUGAAGCGCGAGAGUGAGUGCCACACGACGCUGCUGAGUGCCGACGAUCAACCUGGUUGGGGCCCGUUCCGCGAUCCAACCUAGUCAGUGCGCUCUCAACACUGCUGCUUCACACACAUCGCCUACUAAUCUACCACACCACACGUCGUCGUCGCAGUCGUCGCAAGUCACAAAAGUGUGUUGUCAAUUAGUUGAGAAUAAAAAUACAAUCUGGCCACGGUAAGAGAAACAGAGAAGGAAUCGAGAGUGUGAGAGAGAGACCAAACAGUGACAGAAAUUUUGGGCAAAAAUACAAAAGAGCGAAGAGACUCGAGCUCGCGUUCGUGUGAAUGUUUUGCGUUGCACUUGCGCAAUAGGUGUCGCGCGCGUGUGUCGCGGGCAUGUGUGAUAAUAGGUUAAAGUGUGUGCGCUCCGAGUAGCGCUGUCCCCACUGGUGAAGUGUGUAUUUGUGCGAGCUCGCGUUAGAGAGAAGAGAGUGCGCGAGCAAAAGUGUGAGGAUUUUUCGGUGUGAUUCCGUACCAGGCCGUGGAAGAAUUCUGUACACCCGAAACGCGCCUACUGUGCUGUACGGUGAAGACGUGUGUGUCGUGCGCUGCUGUCAUUCCUGUGUGUCCGCUGCAGGGAGCAAAAGUUGUGACAUUUCGUGAUUUCUGGGUUAGAAAACGCAAAAACAGCAGCAGAAAAGUGGUCGUUUCGACGUUGAGCAACAUUGGUCAGAACAGACCUGUAGUGUUUAUCUUAAAGUGUGCGGGUGUGAUAAGACGGCGGAGAUAAAUGCGUCCGCUGCAAAAGUUGGUGCAAAAUUUUGGUGAAAUCAAUUUUCUUCCUCUGCCAAACGCAACGGGGGAACCCGUUUCUCACGACGACGGGCUAAACGUCAAAAAGUGAGAGUCGUCAAAAUCUAGGGAGCUGCGAGCAGCGCUAUUGACCACCGCACGCGUGACAGAGAGAGCAGACGAGCCAGAGCUUUAUGAAUAACCGUCGUCGGUGUGAACGAGAGAGGCGACGAGCACAAACGCACAACACCAGCAACAACCAUUCUGCAGUGAGCUUGAGAGCGAGAGUAAACGUGAACCGUACCCGUCUUGCUCUGCAUGAAGUGACCAUUAGUCGCUCCUGCUAUCGCGUUCCGACCUCGCAGAUGUCCCAACCAUCGGUAGUCCGGUAGAGGAGAGAAAGUCCUACAGACCAACUAUCAACACACGCUGUUGUCGGCCGCUGAAGCAGUCGAACAGACUCCAAAACAUACCAACAUCUGCGGAAGUCCACAUCUUCCCUCAAUUAAAAAGUCCUCCGAAUCGGAACCGGAACAUUCCCACGGCCUCCAAAGUGUAUUCCCACGUGGACAGUGUUCAAGUUAUGGCCGCUGAUGCCGCUAUGGAUACAACCUGCCCGAGUCCCGAGCUAGGGGACUCCCGCAAACGACCCCUCGACGACGGAACCCUGGACGAUGGAACCUCCAAACGGUCACACUUCAGCACCAACGCAACGGGAACCACCACCACAACGACCACUACCAAUGGCGGCAGUGCGGCUGGCGUCGGCGGUGGGGACAACUACCACUUCAAGACCCUGGUCCCGUCGGUGGCCGCCGGUGCCAUCAUCGGCAAGGGUGGCGAGACGAUCGCUUCGCUGCAAAAGGACGCCGGAGCGCGAGUAAAGAUGUCCAAGGCGCACGACUUCUACCCAGGAACAUCCGAGCGAGUCUGUCUCAUUAGUGGCACAGUCGAUGGCAUAUUGACUGUGCUCGAUUUUAUCAUUGAUAAGAUUCGCGAGAAGCCGGACAUGACCAAGGCGCUGACGGAGGCGGACGCCAAACAGGCUGCCGAGCGCGACAAGCAGGUCAAGGUUCUGGUGCCCAACUCGACGGCCGGUAUGAUCAUCGGUAAGGCCGGGGCCUUCAUCAAACAGAUCAAGGAAGAUUCCGGCUCGUACGUUCAGAUCUCGCAAAAGCCGAAAGAGCUCACACUGCAGGAGCGAUGCAUAACGAUCAUCGGCGAGAAGGAGAACAAUAAGAUUGCAUGCAAAAUGAUCCUGUCGAAGAUCGUCGAAGAUCCCUCAUCCGGCUCAUGCUUGAACGUAUCAUACGCAGACAUCAACGGACCGGUGGCCAAUUUCAACCCAACCGGCUCGCCAUUCGCCGCCUCACAGAAUCCCACUUUCAGCUCCAGUACCGCAUCAUUAAAUUCCGCACUGGGCGGCGCCAUGCCCGGGGCUUCCGCGGCCGGUCUUCUGGUCAACGGCACCGGACUGAAUCUGUCAUUAAAUCUAGGUGCACCUUCACCACAAACUAAUCCUACAGUUACCACACAAUUGCUUGAACAUAUUAAGGGUGCCAUGAGACAGUCCGGCUACUCGGACACGGCCACCACUGAGGUGCACGCCGCGCUGGCCGUGCUGGCCAAGUACGGAGUGCUCGGAAUCGGCGUUGGCCUCCAGAACGGAACCCACACGACCCCGUUGAGCUUCCUGGGCCUGCAGCAGGCGGAACUGCAACAGUCGUCGGCAGCGGCAGCGGCAGCCACGGCCGCCAGCGGAGUGUACGGCGCCGUCGGACAGCUUAACCUGGACUCGUACCUGCACGGAGCCGGUACGGCCACGCCACGAACCUCGCUCGAACGCUACGACGCUACCUUCGACCCGUUCCGGCAUCCGGGCACGCAAGCGGCCACACCCAUGUCCAUCAACAACAACGCGUUCGGACUGACGUCGGCAACGGCGCUGAAUGCAGCCGCAGCCGCCCAAACGCUCGGUUCGCUCAGCAAGAGCCCCACGCCGGCCGAGAUGACCACGAGCAAGGAGAAGAACGUCGAGAUCCCCGAAGUGAUCGUCGGUGCCAUCCUAGGUCCAGCCGGCCGCAGCCUGGUCGAGAUCCAGCACCUGUCCGGGGCGAACAUCCAGAUCAGCAAGAAGGGCAUCUUCGCGCCCGGCACGCGCAACCGGAUCGUGACCAUCACCGGGGGGCCGAACGCGAUCAACGUGGCCCACUACCUGAUCGAGCAGCGCAUCCAGGAGGAGGAGGCGAAGCGAGCCUGCCAAACGACGCCCGGGGCGGCCGGAGCGGCCACCGGCAAGAGCCCCGUGGCCACGGUCGCCACCGUCACGCAGUAAAGCAGCUGGGGUUAGCGGGGUAAAACCGGGGAAAAGGAACAACUGUUAAUUACCACACACACACACAUACACAUGAAAACAUUACAUAAGAAGUACACAUUACACACCCACACAUACGAGCGGUUACAAGAAUAUGCGGGAUGCGAGAAAGAAGUCAGGUUUAGGAAAUGAUGAAAGAGAAAGAGCAUAUAUAAUAAUAAUUAUAUUAAAGUAAUUGUUAUUUUAGUAGGUAAUUAAAAAUUCAAAACAGACACAGACACACACAGAGAAAAGAUAAACAAACUAGUAAAAAAAAACAAAUAAUGAUAGAAACGCGCUACAAAACAAACACAAUUACACACUAAAACAGCGCCGGUCACAUUCGAGAAACAUUCACACUACACAAUCAAACAAACACUAGAAGAAAUUGAAUCAAACACAACACACACACACAUUUACUGUCACAAAGAAAGAGACACCGUACUAAAAAAAGUGUGUUUUCGCGUAUUUACUACGACCAUCACCAUAUUUUUUGUGUUGUAUGAGAGUUUAUUUUAUUUUUAUUUUAUUUUUUUUGCAAUAAUUUUUUUUUUAGUUUCGUUUAGUUGUCUUAUUUAAGAUGGAAAAGAAAAAGAUGUUUUUUAAGUUUUCUUUUUACAUAUUGAAACUAUUCAUAUUUUAUACAUUACGUUUAACCACGAACGGAAAAAGUAGAAGAGGAAAAAUGAACGGGCCAGGCCUAAAGAUUUUGUUUAGCUGCUAAGCAAUUACGUUGAUGUGCAAAUAAAUAGAAAGGAACGUUACGACUUUCUUCUGUCGUUUUUUUGUGUUUGUUUGCCAAGCCAACAACAACAAGAACAACGCUAUUUUAAAUAGGGUGUGUCUCAACCGGACAAAUCUUGAUUUCUGUCAACUCUCUUGCGGGUAGGACCUACGCUAAACAUGUAGAAAUUGUUUUUAUUUUAAAGCUAUUGUUAGGACGAAACAUACACAAAAAUGUGUUUAAAAUCGGUGUGAGUGUGUGCGUUUGCUAGACAACAACAAAACCAACGAUUUGUUUGUUUUCGAUUUAGUCCCAUCUUUGCCAUUACAUCGACACCCACACUUGCGUGAAGUUCAUUGUUUGAAUGUUAGCAAAUGUUAUCGUACACAAACGUACACACUUGCCACCGCCACAAAGAAGCGGCUUUCAAGUGUUGUGGCGGGAGGCAACCUUUUUCGAUGAAGACAACCUUGGGUUGGAAGGUCAACUAUGGUUGGAGCUGUCAUGUGAGGAUUUACACUGAGAAUUUAAUGUACAUGAAAGGGCAUAAAAUUUAAAUAUUCGCAUAAAAACAAAUUAAAAAAUCAUUUUGAGUUAGGUGAACUUUGAUUUGCAAACCAUAGUUAGCGAUUCAACCGAGGUUGUCUUUGUCUGCAAGAUAGGCCCUCUCCACAAAGUGCAACGAUUGUCGGAACAAGUGCAUAUAUUUAGUGGUGAGGUUAGCAAUUAUGUGUUGUGGCGCAGUCAUAGCUGGUAACAAAAGAAAAACCGUGUUGAAAGUAGGUAAAAUGAGAGUGAUUUUAAGGGAGUUAAGCAAAACUAGGUAAAAUAUUGAGGAAAGAGCAAGAAAGGGUAAUGUUUAACCAUUUUUACUAGUGUUAAGUGGGCGAUAUCUUUCUAAUCACACACACACAUAUACGCGUACACUUGAGUAGAAGAGUUUUAAAUUCUUCUUUCUAUUGUUUAUAUUUUGUUCUUUUAACAAAGAUUUGUUCAUAUAUAGAUACAAACGUUUUUUUUUCUUUUUAAAUAUAAUUAAUCCACUAUCAUAGAGCGCAGAUAGGCAAAGGAAACAAAGAGCAUGUGCAAAGCUAUAACCUUAAAACUUGUUUUUAUGUUUAAAACGCAAUCUGUUAAUGUUAAACCAAAAAGACGUUUCUUCUUAAACAUUUUACAAUUCCUAGUUUUUAGAAAAUAACAAUCACACCCAUUACAACACGCAGAAGCACGAGUCAUCACACAUACAAACACAACAACACAAAAUUAUUCCCUUCGUCAAACGUUCGCCUAGCGUAGCUACGUGUUAUUUAUAUCCCAAAUUGCAUCACCACUACAAGCAAGCAACAAGUUACAUACACACACAUUCACAAUUACAACACACACACAAAAGUUCGUUAUCUCUGUUACUUUCAAAGCUAAUAGCAAAAAAAACAAACAAACUAUUUCCCCCCUCUUCUCAAGCAAGAAAGUUUAAGAGAAAGAAGAAAAAACAAAAAACUCUAUUUAUAGCCAAUUACCAUUAACAAGUUAUAGUAACUUAGUUUAGUUAAACGCGAAAACAGCGAAAACAGAAAAGGAAGAAACAUAAAAAAACACUAGUGAUAUGUAAAACGUGGAAAGGGGGAGCGAAAAAAACCACGCACGCGCGCGCAGAAAAGGAUUUAAAAACUGGAGAAUAUACGGGAUUAAACAAAAAUUACCAUAAUAAAAGUGAAACAAUAAAAACCAACAAGCUUCUACGAUUUAUUUUAGUUUUAACGUUUCAUCGCACGCACAUCACCGCAUCAUUCGUCAAUCAUCGCAGCAGGUCAUGGUUUUGCAGAAAUACAGGUGGAGAUGGGCCAAGAGUAAAAAAAUCUAAAUUUUUCGUUGGCUUCAAUUCGUUUUUUUUUUAAUUUAAAAUAAAAGUAGCUAAAUUUUAAGCCGAAAAUGAGCAUUUUCAUGGAAGCGUGUAAAGAAUUGCAAAUGCCGCCUUCGGCGAGCUGGACAUCGAGCCAAACUUUAGCACAGUCGCGAACUGAAAUCGUUUCGUUUUUUUAUGGGGUGAAGCUCGCUGUCACUAACACAACCAAAAGUUAUGUGGUCAACACACUUUUUUCGAGCUUUGCGUGUGUUGGUGAAUUUUGGCGGUGGGCUAGUUUGAUUCGGAUUAAAUGGAAUAUAAAUUUGGGAUUGUUCAUUCGACGAAAUUUAGAAAUAUUUUUUCCUUUUUUUUCACCUCUACCUCUUAUAGACCCAAACUUUUUGUAAAGAUAGUUAAAAUAAUUUAUACAUUUGUUUUACAUGGAAAAUGUGAUUCCAAGGCAUAAAAUUAUUGAAAUAGAAGCAAAAAACACUUGUUGUUAUCACUUUUAGAGGUUGAUUAACUUUUUCAUUGAAUAGAUUUCAUUUUAUAAUGUUGUUUUAUGCGAUUCUUACGUUGCCAAACAAAAAUCAUCUAACCCACAUCGAAUCAUUUAAGCCAUACAAAAGUACUAACAAGGCGCGAUUAGAGUUUGAAGAAUGAUUUAAAAAGUAUGUGUAAAAAGCGAGGUAAGUGUUGAGAAUAUGUCGGAAAGAAGUAGGCAAAAAAUACACACGUACACACAAACACAGACAUACAUACACCCACGUAUUAAAAAAAAAAUAGACAAACAAAGCCGUUGUAGUGAAAUAUAUUACAGAAAACAAAAAGAUUAAAAAAUGUUUAUAUUGAAAACAGAAAAAAACGUUGUGAUGGUAGACAAUUCUAUUGCUGUUAUUUGUUGAAGUAUGAACAACACACUAACAAACACAAACACGCUAAAUAGAGAGUAUAAAAAAACAACACUUGAAAAGCCAUUAUAACAAAUACAAACAUGAAAAGAUAAACAACUUCGUUCUGUUUUAGAAACAAUGCAAAAAACCACACACAAGUUUGCAUCUUUCACAUUUAAAGUCUAACGAAAAACAACUAAGAAAAAACAAGCGUAGCUGAUAGAAUUUUAAAACAAACAAAGUACUAAAACUUAAACUAGGUAAUUGAAUUUGAAAUCUCUUUAUCGUUCCAAAAAAAAAACAUUUAGAAAACAAUCACUCACCUGUUUCGUUUGAGUCGCAGCAUUGUUUGACACCGUGUUUUCGUUGUUGUUCAUACCGUCAAUUUUGAAUGUUCUUUCGAAUGCUUUUUGAACUUUUAUUACUGUGUUGUAAGUCACUUCUGUCGAGUCACGUUCCGAUUUCUGAAAAAAGAAUGAAAAAAUGAAUAAACGCUAUUAAUCAUCAGUUUUCGGUAAACAAAAAACAUAAAUGGAAAUUAAAGUACCUAUACGUGUAGUAAUAAAUUGAAACAAAACGUCAUUCAUUAUAACUGAUUGAAACAUAUGCAUGCGUAAACAUAAAACCAUUCACAAAGAAAGAAAAUUAGGUCAUUUUAUAAAUUUUAUCCCAUACUUAAGAGAACUACUCUGAAUAAAAAAAAUAAAAGUGUGAAAAUUCCGUCUGAUUUCUCACACUCAUACACUCUCUUCAAAGUAUAGACAAAUGUUAAUUGAACACACACACACACACCAACACACAUAUUACAAGUCGAUAUAUUUACGAGUUUAGAUAAAACGGUUGAACAAAAAAGCAAAGAAAAAAGAGUCAAAUAUAUCACGACAAAUCUAGCGAAUCAAAUCAAACAUGAACAUAAAAAAGUGUGUGCAACAAAAAAAAACAAGUAUUUUUAUAGAGUGAAUACCGACAGGAAGAAAAAAACACAUUCAUUUAAUACACAAAAUUUCAAGUCUUUAUAUCCCUCUUUAUAAGAACGUAAAAGCAAAACAAAAAAAAAACAUGAAACGUGAAACAAAUUCUUAUAACUAUUUAUAUUUGUAAGGGCAGGAGAGCAAACAAAAAAUGCAGAAAAUCACAAAAAUUAAGUGAGCAGUAAAACGAGAAGACAUGAUUUUAAUAGAAACAACAAAAAAAAAACAAUUUCGCGUUACAAAGAUCAAGUUCGCCUCAAGCACACUACCACUUUCACACGUAUAAUGUUUCAAACUCACUUUCACUAACACCAACAUCCACUAGAAGAAAUGGGGAAAAACACACUCACUAACAUAAACCGUUUCGACUCACACACACACACAUUCUUUCUAUCUCUCUUUCUCGCGCAGUGUAUCGAGGCAUUCAGUCCAUAUAACAAAUUUAGUCCAAAAUGCAGCCGUUCUUUGACGAAGCAAGCAAAUAUUAAAAAGAAAAUAGACAAUACAUAGAGGCAAACAGAUUAGAACGAAGCCGAUGGCAACGGUAUGGGAAGUGCCCCUGAAAGUAAGUAUGGGCACGCAGAAGACGAAAAAAAAACAGUUCAGUUUAUGUAUUUUUUAAGAAUAAAUAGUUAAAUCAGCAGAAUAGAGAAAAUCUCGUAAUUUCAAGUUCCUUCCAAGAUGCGGUAGUGAAGUCGAAAGUAACACAUCAACACCCAACUAGUCCAGGCCGAAACGUCGACGUUUUGUUUUUUCGUUGUUGCCACCAAUACACACAUACAACACGCGCAGUGUCAGGCACGAUCCCAUGAUCGGUACAUAAUUCUAUAACCGCGCUCGCACACAUACACAGUUAUUACCAGCUCACUAGUUUUUUGAAACAAUUUUAAUACUGCACUCCCUGUUUCCAAAACAAAAAGCAUGCAAAACCGUUGUUGAAACAUACUUCACACAAAUACAUAGCGAAAGCAAAUUCGAAGAAACCAGCACCAUCUUCGCAAAAAAAAGUUAAUUAAACAAUGAAAAACUCUUCCCUACCAUCCCUUUCAUGUUGUUUUCUCAUCGAAAUGAAUAUAAGAAAAUGCAAAAAAAAAGUAAACAAAUAGAUAGAGUGAAAAAGUUUUUAGGAAUGAGAAGUCAACUGUUGUUUAUCUGAGAAAAAAUAAACAAGCGGAAAAUAAGAGACGGAAAAAUGAAAUCAAAUUUUUAAGCAUAGUGAAAAAAGUGUAAUUCACAAAACGAAGAGAGAACCUUACCUAUAGGCGACAUCCAGAAGUAAAAAGAAUUAUUACUAAAUAACCAUACAACUUAAAACAGUUACCGUUCAGAAAACAAACAAACAAAAAAAACUUUCUAAAUACAACCAUGAAAGAGUAUACAAAACAAACAAAAAUCACCAAACCUUUCGUUUUGCUUCAUUGCUCAUCACAUCGCCCCUUCACCAACAAACAAAAGAGUCCUUGCACCCUCCCCCUGCGUUUUGCUUUUCCACCAUCACGCAUCGCAUCUCGUCGCAACAUUCCAGACACGCUACGCUGUUAUUGUUCUGUUUCGCUCACCCUCACACACCCAUACACCGCAGCAACAACAACGAUCGCUCUCACGCUCUGUUCCCGGCGCGCUCUCAAUUUCGCCCACUCUCUCUCUCUCUCAUUGGCAUUGCACGCAUACACGCAUGCAUCCAUUCCCAGCUUCACUCACAGCGACGGCGGCAAGUGUGUGACAGAAACAGCUUGCACCACCAACACAUUCUUAGCCGAAGUCAGCAAAUUGCCGUCAUCCACAUUCGUCGAAACAAAACAAAAAGAAAAAUAAACACAAGCAAAAAAUGUCUAAUAUGAAAAAAAGAAACUGAAAUUCUAUCCGUCAAGCAAAAAAAAAAAACAAACAAUUUCAUAUUUAUACACAGACAUAUUUAAGCAAAAAAUAAAAACAAAGCGGCAAAACAACAAACAAAAGUGGGGUAGAAAAUAUUGAAGGAAUUCAGGGCAGAAACAAAAAAAAAAGGAAGUGAGAAAAGCAAGCGCAACUCCAGCA